CAAAACGGGACGGCGAGGUUUAGAAUCGACGCGCGAAGAGGAAACGCCCGACUGCGAAAAUGCUGGAUUCCGAUUCCGGACCUUAAACAGUUUCCAGUCUGGCUAUUUGGGGCUGAACAGCCCUCGUCACUCUCCACUCGCACCAGAAUCCUGCGAUGCAUUCACUUCUCACUCUCGGUUCGGGUUGAAUUCCCCAUACAUGCGUGCUCUUAGGUUAGAUUUGUUUUGCUCGUGAAGCUUCUUGAUUGAAUUUUGACCUUGGAAGACCCAUUUUUUCCGGUUGGGGGCAGGAGUGAACGUGCAUUGCCGGAGGGAGAUCCUGUAUCGGAGGGCUUUCGUAUUUUUGUAAUUGAAGGGGCGGAGUUUUUUCUGGUGCCAGUUUUUCCCGCCUGAUUACAUGAUGUCUAGUAUUCAUAACCAAAAUAUUGUUAUGUUUUCUGAUUGUACUUUUUCACUAGUUUGUUCGAAACGAAGGAUUCAGAUAUUUAUUUAUUUUUUCCCUUAUAAAUCUUUAAAUGCAUGUCGGUAUGUUUUGUAUGAUUCAAAACCUUUUUUUUUCACCGAGUACAUACCUAGGGCUUGUUACCCCGAUGGAGUUGUUUGUAAAAAUAACCUAAACGAUUUAUAUGCUUUUCAUUGAGUUGUGUGGGUGCAAAACAAAUUUGGGUUUUCCACUCUCUCCACUAACCCCUCUCCUCAAGCCCAAGCUCGAGCUCAGCAGACGUUUCGGUUUCGAAUUUUCUUUAGAAGUUUUGAGAGCUGAAUUAUUAUUUUUUAAUUAUUAAUUUUUGAUUAUCCAAAUAUAUUUGGACGGCCUUCAAGACCGAGGAGGAGAGAGGACUAGGGAGAUGAUAACUGGAGAAAUCGGGUUGGUGCAAAAUUGAAGUCAUCCGUCGAGCUUGGUAAAUGACACUAUCCUGAUUUCUACUCUAGUCCUUCCGGAACCCUGCGACAUCUCUGAUUGCUAACAUUGCGGAACCCGAGUUCUCUACCAGAUUAUACUGUUGUGGCAAUGAACUGGGUUUUAAAGGAGGGGACAUGAUCGGGAGUUUGUGUAUUGUAGAAGGGUUUCAAUCGGAUUGGUUUUGAUUUAUGUUUUUUUUUAUCUUUGGCUAGGUUUUGAUUUGUGUAUUGCGCAUUUGUUCUGGGACACGAACCUAGUUUUGUUCUUUCCGUAUUGUGCAUUUGUUCUGAGACACGAACCUGGUUUUGUUCUUGUGAAUUGUGCAUCUGUUGAAACAUGAUUGGUAUUGAUUUGUGCAUCUGUUCCAAGUUUGAAUGUUGUUGUUGAAAUGAGCAAGUUUGAAUCUGAGUUUGGAUUGAUUUACUGGACGAAUUUGAUUUUGGUUGGGGAAGAAGAGAAGACACAGAGGGCCGAAAGUUCUUGUUCUUGGUUAGAGGGGCAUUUAGGACUUUUCACUUUUAUAUCUAUUUUAUUUAAUUAAAUAUAAAAGUGAAAUUUCUUUUACCUAUUGAUCAUAGCAUACCGAACAAAUUCAGUGAUCAAAUUUCUAAUAAGCUCCUUUCUAAUUUAUUCCAUUCCUUUUUAUGUUAGAUGCAAGAAUUUUGGAACAUCUUUGCUCCCUUUCUAUCUUACUGUUACCAAUGUAUGUACCAUAAUGGAUUGCUUUAUCUGGCUCUAAUCUUCUUUUUCCUAUUCUUUGACAGAUUGUAGACUUGAACUGUUGUUGAGAGACUGAAGAUGGAUGGAGAUAAUUCUGGUUUGGAGAGUGACAAUUAUGACUGGAAUACUGAGGAUGAGCUAGAAAUUGAAAAUUUUCAAUCUUCAUCUUCAAAUUUAACUGUUCCUAAUGGAGAGGCUAUUUUUGGGUCUGGAGAAGCAAGCUCAUCUCCAGGUUCAUCAAAUUCCAAGAUGUUCGAUCACUUUGUUGGAAUGGGAUUUUCUGAAAAAUUGGUUUCAAAAGUAAUUCAGGAAAAUGGGGAGGAAAAUGCAGAUUUACUUCUUGAAACACUUCUCACAUUGUCGGCUUUGGAUAGUUCUACUGAAAAUGACAAGGAAAUUGAAUCCGACUUUUGCUCUUCAGAUGUUGAAGGGAGUCCUCUUGAUGAUUGCUCAGAUAUUGAUAGUUUCUCAGAUGAUGAGGAAUUUAUGAAACCUGUAUCUGAGAACAACGGUAAAUUGAAGACCUUGGUGAAGAUGGGUUACAAUGUUCAGGAGGCUUCAGUUGCCAUGGACAGAUGUGGUGUGGACGCCUCACUUGCAGAACUGACAGAUUUUAUUUGCGCUGCUCAAAUGGCUAAGGCUGCAGAUGCCCUUAUGGCCCCUGAAGAGAAGGUACCACGAUGCGGUGAUCAUACUAAUAAAAAGAAGCGUAGUUAUUAUGAACGCGAGGUUUUGGGAAGGAAAAAACCAAGGGAUUCUGAAAAAAGAACUUCUAAUGAAGAUGAUGAGAUGUUGCAUAUUCCAAAACCAAUGUAUGGUUUUGGGGUUCCUACAGACGAGACAUUCUCUAUAACACAUAGAACACUUCCUGAGGCUGCCAGUGGACCUCCUUACUUCUACUAUGAGAAUGUUGCACUUGCACCUAAAGGUGUUUGGCAAACAAUAUCUAGAUUCUUGUACGACAUCCCACCUGAGUUUGUGGAUUCAAAGUAUUUCUGUGCAGCUGCCAGGAAAAGGGGCUAUGUUCACAAUCUCCCCAUCCAAAACAGAUUUCCUCUUCUUCCACUUCCAGCACGUACAAUUCACGAGGCUUUGCCCCUAACAAAGAAAUGGUGGCCCUCUUGGGAUCAAAGGACCAAACUUAAUUGUUUGCAAACAGCUAUUGGCAGCGCAAAACUAACAGAGAGGAUUAGGAAGGCUCUAGAAAGAUAUGAAGGGGAUCCACCAUUACAUAUCCAAAAGAAUGUUCUUGAUGAAUGUCGGAAAUGGAAUCUUGUUUGGGUGGGAAGGAAUAAGGUUGCCCCACUGGAGCCUGAUGAAGUAGAAAUGCUUUUAGGUUUCCCCAGGAAUCACACUAGAGGAGGUGGAAUUAGUAGGACUGACAGGUAUAAAUCACUGGGCAAUUCAUUCCAGGUUGACACUGUGGCAUACCACCUGUCAGUUCUCAAGGACUUGUACCCCAAUGGCAUCAAUCUUCUCUCUCUGUUUUCUGGAAUCGGUGGUGCAGAAGUAGCUCUUUAUCGGCUUGGCAUUCCUCUUAGGAAUGUUGUUUCAGUUGAGAAAUCAGAGGUGAACAGGAACAUAGUCAGAAGCUGGUGGGAGCAAACAAAUCAGAAAGGAACUUUAAUUGACUAUGACGAUGUACAGCUGCUAAAUGGUGAUCGGUUGGAGGCCCUGAUAAACACUUUUGGGGGUUUUGAUCUUAUUGUUGGUGGGAGUCCGUGUAAUAACCUAGCUGGUAGCAAUAGAGUUAGCCGAGAUGGCCUCGAGGGCAAAGAAUCAUCUCUCUUUUUUGAUUACUGUCGUAUUCUGGACUUGGUCAAAUGUAUAAUGGCAAAAGGUCAAUGACUUUUGUCAAGAGAUCACCUGUGUUUAUGCUAUUGUGUUGGACUAAUUUGGAUCGUUCUAUUUAAACUGGAAACUUUUGCCUGAUUCA